UGAAAUUCCCAGUGCCAAAAUUUAUUUGUUAAAAAUUUUGUAAAAUGAAGUCAAAUAUAGAAACUACAUAAGUCUAUGUUUAGCUAAACCUAAUAAAGCAUUUUAUAGAAAAUUUGCUUCCAAAAUUGGCCAAGUUUUCUCAUAUUAUCAUAAAGAAACUAUUAAUUUUUUUUAAUAACUCGCGAUGGCUGGAACUGAUGCUGACAAUCGGGUUAUAAUAAACGUGGGAGGUAUUCGUCAUGAAACAUAUAAAGCCACAUUAAAAAAAAUUCCGGCAACUAGAUUAUCCAGACUUACGGAAGCCCUGGCAAAUUACGAUCCAAUUCUAAAUGAAUACUUUUUUGACAGACACCCAGGGGUCUUUGCUCAAGUGCUGAACUACUAUAGAACGGGCAAACUUCAUUACCCCACAGAUGUGUGUGGGCCGUUAUUCGAAGAAGAACUCGAGUUUUGGGGACUAGAUUCUAAUCAAGUCGAACCCUGUUGUUGGAUGACUUACACGCAAUAUAAAGACACCCGUGAAACUCUGGCCGUUUUAGAUAGGUUAGACUUAGAUUCAGAAAAACCAACGGAGGAAGAAAUUGCUAGGAGAUUUGCCCUACAAGAAGACCGUAAUCUAUACUAUGGGGGAGCUGGUGGCGGCAGCCGUCGCAGAGGAGUAAUGAGUUAUUGGAGAAAAUACAAGCCAAAAAUAUGGGCUCUCUUUGAUGAGCCAUAUUCUUCCAAAGCUGCCAAAGCUGUAGCGGGAAUUUCCGUUUUUUUUAUCCUCGUGUCAAUAUUAACAUUUUGCCUAAAAACAUAUCCUUUGGCUAGGAUACCUGUCAUAAGAAACGUCACAAUACAAGUAUCUUCAAAUGUCACCGCUUGGACCCUUGACAAAAUCGCGACAGAACCUCACAGGGUCUUUUUCUAUAUAGAAUCUAUCUGCAAUGUUUGGUUUACUUUAGAAAUUCUUGUUCGCUUUGUAGUUAGCCCCAAUAAAGCCAACUUUGUAAAAUCUCCAUUGAAUCUGAUAGAUUUUAUUGCGACUCUUUCCUUUUACGUCAGCUUGUACAUCGACUUAACAAAGAUCGAGCAAGAAGCUGCCCAUGGUGAUAUCCUCGAAUUCUUUAGUAUUAUUAGGAUAAUGAGAUUAUUUAAAUUGACACGUCAUUCUACGGGUUUAAAAAUACUCAUACAUACCUUCAAAGCAAGUGCAAAAGAGUUAUUACUUCUAAUAUUCUUCCUCGUUUUAGGUAUCGUUAUAUUCGCUAGCCUUGUAUAUUACGCAGAAAGAAUCGAAACAAACCCUCAUAACGACUUCACGAGCAUACCCGUAGGUUUAUGGUGGGCCAUAGUAACAAUGACUACUGUGGGUUAUGGGGAUAUGGUACCGAAGACAUAUUUAGGCAUGGUUGUAGGAGCUUUUUGCGCUCUUGGUGGAGUUUUAACCAUCGCACUUCCAGUGCCGGUCAUAGUUAGUAAUUUCGCCAUGAUAUACUCACAUUCUCAGGCUCGCGCUAAACUUCCUAAAAAGCGAAGAAGGGUUCAACCCGUGGAAGCUCCACGUUUAAAUAAACCUGGAGGUGGGUCUAUAGGUGGUUCCAAUAUGCCAUUGCAGCCAAGACGGGCCAAUGCCAUCAAACAUCAUUCAACUACGCCCCCUAACACAAUUUCGGUAAAGCCAUCGGGUGCUUCUCACAAUUUAGGCUUCCCGGGUGGGGGAGCCAUGUCAGAGUCAACCGGCAAUGCCCUUAAUCGUAAAUUCCCUAGUCACCAAUCGCCCAAACAAAUGCAUACGGCUUCCAAUGCCUCACCCACAUCUCCCAGAGUUAUUCAUGCCAAAAAUGGAAAUAUUCUAAGCCCUCAGGGCUCUCGUAGAAGUGGCCAGAACUCUAAACUGACUAACAUGAACGUUAACAAUAACAAUAGCAACACAAACAUGACCACGAUGAUGGUUUCAGUAGUAGAGAAUGACUAUAAUCCUUUUUCGUCUUCGUUCACAGUGACCAAGGAUAAACGUAACACAACGACUGAUUGUGAUUUGUCCCACCGGUCUAAUCUCUCAAUAAACUCAGAAAAUAAUUCGCCGACGCCCGUCAGUAUCAGCUCAAGAAAAAGAUUUAGUCGAAGCAACAACGUUGUAAAUAAUAGUACGGCUUCCUCAAUUAAUUUGAUUGCAUUAGGGGAAGUUGAGAAAGAAAUGGAAGAUGAUAGAUAUACACCUUCUUCAACAAAUACAUUAGCCGGUGUAAAAGUAAAUCAUAUAUCACCCGGUUUGCCCAACAAGGAUUCGAAUAACCUACACAAAACCUUGAAUGAUGAAAAUACCAAACAUGGAGAACUUAUAAGACCCAGUAAAAUAAAGGUGUCUAAAAUCAUGGCAAAUAAAACCUCACCCGCAUCGUCUCAAAUACAACUACAAAAACUCGAAGCUUCAUGAUACAAACUUAUUAUAUGCUAUAGAUGAUGCAUUUAACAUAGAUUAUUUGAUAUCAACUGAUCUCUGCUUACCGAGAAGAAAAAGAAAACAGGCAGUCACCUCAAAUAUAAUUUUUUUGUUGCUUCCCAAGGAAGCAAUUAUGUUUUAAAGAAACAUUCCAUUCCAUUUAUACAUUA